GAAAGGACGCUGAUCCGGACGUUGGGUCUUUUCUCUGGUCCUGUUUGAAUGUGUCGGACCCCGCCGCCCCCCCACAGUCCCACCCACCGCUCUCCAACACAAACACAUCUCCAGUCUUGAUUUACUGGAUCUGCUCUUUGUUUCUCAGAGCCUUUCCCUCCUCUGCUUUUACUUCAGGAGAGAGAACGCGAGUUUUAUUCUUCCUUCUAACGGAUUGACUGAUUCUGGAUCUGCUUCCGUCCUCGAGGCUACCGUUGCAGGACCAGAGCUGAUGCCCCCGCGAAUGUAAUUACAGUCAAAGAAACUGGUUUAAACGCCGGAACAAAAGGACGCUGAAGAUAUUUCCCCCACCCGGUCUGUCAAUCAUUUUUCACCACUGCAGUUGUCAAGUUGGAGCCCUGCUGGGAAAUGGACAAACCCCUCUAAACUGAAGACGCUGCCCUGCCUCACCAACACAACCACAGGACGUGAUUUGGACGAGGAUCCCCGAGUGGAGUGACAAGAACAUGUUUUCUCCCCUGUUUCCAUGGUAGCCCGAGACGAGUAUGUACAUCCGGGUUAGGAGUUAACCUAAGCGCUCAACAUCUCUGCCUGCCUUCUGUGAGAACUACACUACCCACAAUUCCUGUGAACUGACUACCCGAUCUGACGUUUAGAUCAGUUUAGCGAAGACACGAAGAGGAGCAACAACUACAACAACAACACUGCUGUGAAGAGGACAAACAUGGCCAACAACAUGGCGGACCACCCUCCGGGGAAUUCGGUUGCAGAGGGCAACCAUGACGGGGACUUUGGUGUGACCACGGCGGAUCUGAGGAGCCUGAUGGAGCUGCGGAGCGCCGAGGCCGUCAACAAGAUACGGGACACGUAUGGAGAUGUGCAGGGCAUCUGCCGCCGCCUGAAAACAUCACCUAUAGAAGGUUUGUCUGGUAACCCCGUUGAUUUGGAGAAACGUCACACGUCGUUUGGCCAAAACUUCAUCCCCCCCAAGAAGCCCAAGACGUUCCUGCAGCUGGUGUGGGAGGCACUGCAGGAUGUCACACUCAUAAUCCUUGAAAUUGCUGCCAUCAUCUCGCUGGGCCUGUCCUUUUACCAUCCACCAGGGGGCGACAGUGAAGCAUGUGGGCAGGUCUCAGGCGGUGUCGAGGACGAGGGCGAGGCCCAGGCAGGCUGGAUCGAGGGCGCCGCCAUCUUGUUCUCGGUCAUCAUUGUGGUCCUGGUGACGGCCUUCAAUGAUUGGUCCAAGGAGAAGCAGUUCCGUGGGCUGCAGAGUCGCAUCGAGCAGGAACAAAAGUUCACCGUCAUCCGUAAAGGCCAGGUCAUCCAGAUCCCUGUGGCUGAGAUCGUGGUUGGAGACAUCGCUCAGAUCAAAUAUGGGGACCUGCUGCCUGCUGAUGGGAUCCUGAUCCAAGGCAACGACCUGAAGAUUGAUGAGAGUUCUCUGACCGGAGAGUCCGAUCAGGUCCGCAAGUCUCUGGAGAAGGACCCCAUGCUGCUGUCAGGGACCCACGUAAUGGAGGGAUCAGGCAGGAUGGUGGUGUCAGCUGUUGGACUCAACUCUCAAACCGGCAUCAUCUUUACUCUGCUGGGUGCCAGCGAGAACGACGAAGAGAAGAAGGUCAAGAAAAGUAAAAAACAAGGACCCCCUGAAAAUCGCAACAAAGCCAAAACACAGGAUGGCAUUGCUCUGGAAAUCCAGCCACUGAAGAGCGAGGAGGCUGCCGAGUCUGAGGAGAAAGAGGAGGCCAAACCGGUGAAGAAGGUCAAUGUGACCAAGAAGGAGAAGUCGGUGCUGCAGGGCAAACUGACCAGACUGGCUGUGCAGAUCGGGAAGGCUGGCCUGAUUAUGUCUGCCGUGACCGUCAUCAUCCUCAUCCUCUACUUUGUGAUCGACACCUUCGGAGUCCAGGGCCGGUCCUGGGUGGCCGAGUGCACCCCAAUCUACAUCCAGUACUUUGUCAAGUUCUUCAUCAUCGGUGUGACCGUGCUGGUGGUGGCUGUUCCUGAAGGGCUGCCGCUCGCUGUUACCAUCUCUCUGGCCUACUCUGUCAAGAAAAUGAUGAAGGACAACAACCUGGUGCGUCACCUGGAUGCCUGUGAGACAAUGGGCAACGCCACAGCCAUCUGCUCGGACAAGACGGGCACGCUGACCAUGAACCGCAUGACGGUGGUGCAGGCGUACAUCGGCGACACACACUACAAAUCCGUCCCUGAACCCGACGUCAUCAAACCAGACACUCUGGAAAUAAUGGUUAACAGCAUCUCCAUCAACUCAGCUUACACCACCAAGAUCCUGCCCCCGGAGAAAGAAGGCGGCCUGCCCCGCCAUGUGGGAAACAAGACCGAGUGCGCCCUGCUGGGCCUGGUGCUGGACCUGAAGAGGGACUACCAGCCAAUCCGGGAUGAGAUCCCCGAAGAGAAACUCUACAAGGUUUACACCUUCAACUCCUCUCGCAAGUCCAUGAGCACUGUGCUGAAGAACGCUGAUGGAGGCUUCCGCAUGUACAGCAAAGGAGCGUCAGAGAUUGUCCUGAGAAAAUGCUCUCGUAUCUUGGACGCCCAGGGUCAGCCUCGUGUCUUCAAGCCUAAGGACCGUGACGAGAUGGUGCGUAAAGUGAUUGAGCCAAUGGCGUGUGACGGGCUGAGGACCAUCUGCGUGGCUUACAGGGACUUUCCAGCGGAGGCGGGAGAGCCGAACUGGGACAGUGAGAACGACAUCCUGAACGAGCUCACCUGCAUCGUCGUGGUCGGCAUCGAGGACCCCGUCAGACCUGAGGUACCUGAAGCUAUUACUAAAUGUCAGCGUGCAGGCAUCACUGUACGUAUGGUUACCGGAGACAACAUCAACACAGCCCGCGCCAUCGCAAGCAAGUGUGGCAUCAUUCAGCCCGGGGAGGACUUCCUGUGCCUGGAGGGGAAGGAGUUCAACCAGCAGAUCAGAAACGACAAGGGAGAGGUGGAACAAGAGCGUCUGGACAAAGUUUGGCCGAAGCUGCGCGUUCUGGCUCGUUCUUCACCGACAGACAAACACACUCUGGUCAAAGGUAUCAUUGACAGCACGGUGGGUGAAACCCGGCAGGUGGUGGCAGUGACAGGAGACGGUACCAACGACGGCCCCGCCCUCAAGAAAGCUGAUGUUGGCUUUGCCAUGGGAAUCGCUGGCACAGACGUGGCAAAGGAGGCUUCGGACAUCAUCCUGACUGACGACAACUUCACCAGCAUCGUCAAGGCCGUCAUGUGGGGAAGGAACGUCUACGACAGCAUCUCCAAGUUCCUGCAGUUCCAGCUGACCGUCAACGUGGUGGCCGUGAUCGUGGCGUUCACCGGCGCCUGCAUCACACAGGACUCUCCUCUGAAGGCCGUCCAGAUGCUCUGGGUCAACCUCAUCAUGGACACUCUGGCAUCUCUCGCUUUGGCCACCGAGCCGCCCACCGAGUCUCUGCUUUUACGUAAACCGUACGGCCGUGACAAGCCUCUCAUCUCCAGGACCAUGAUGAAGAACAUUUUGGGUCACGCUGUGUACCAGCUCGUCAUCAUCUUCACCCUGCUCUUCGCUGGUGAGAAGUUCUUCGACAUCGACAGUGGCCGCAACACUCCCCUGCACUCACCGCCGUCGGAGCACUACACCAUCGUGUUCAACGUGUUCGUCAUGAUGCAGCUCUUCAACGAAAUCAACGCCAGGAAGAUCCACGGAGAGAGGAACGUGUUCGAGGGCAUUUACAGGAACCCCAUCUUCUGCAGCGUGGUACUGGGAACCUUCGCCCUGCAGAUCAUCAUCGUUCAGUUCGGAGGGAAGCCGUUCUCCUGCACGGCUCUGACCAUCGACCAGUGGCUGUGGUGUGUGUUCAUUGGUGUUGGAGAGCUGCUGUGGGGACAGCUGAUCUCGGCAAUCCCCACACACCACCUGAAGUUCCUGAAGGAGGCGGGCCAUGGCAUCACGAAGGAGGAGAUCCACGAGGAGGAGCUGACGGAGGGCGCCGAUGAGAUCGACCACGCCGAGAUGGAGCUGAGAAGAGGCCAGAUCCUCUGGUUCAGAGGUCUGAACCGCAUCCAGACGCAGAUUAAGGUGGUGAACGCGUUCCGUAGCUCCCUGUACGCGGGGCUGGAGAGCCCAGAGUCCCGUAGCUCCAUCCACAGCUUCAUGGCCCAUCCCGAGUUCGUGCCCCUGUCCGAGGAGGAGGCUCGCAUCGACCCCAUCGAGGAGACUGGAGACGAGAUCGACCCCCUCCCUAGCGCCUCCUCUGGGGCGGGGGGAGGAGGAGAGCCGCCCAGCGCCUCCUCCCACAGCCGCGAGUCAUCCAUCUGAGCUCCUCCUCCCUCCUCCUCCUCCUCCUCCUCCUCCCUCCUCUUUAUCAGCAUCAUCUGUCAUCCCACCAACUGAACUGUCACGCCGAGGAGGGAAGUCAUCGCUCUGCUCAUCCCCUCAUUCUGCACACACACACGCACACACACACUUCACUUCGUCUUCACCCCCCCUCAGUCAUUCCUGCCACGUUGUGUUUUUCAUACUGACUGUGGCGUUGUUCUGCCUGUAAGUUUGUCGCUCCACCACCACACACACACACACACAUGUAUCAGUAGAGGGUGGAGUCCGGAGUCUCCACUGUGGAAGGCCUGUCCUUGUCCAUUCAUGUAUAUUUUUUACUCGAUGUUUGUUUUGGAAAGCUUUUAAACUGUGUUGAGUUCGAUCUUUGCAGGACUCGCAGCAGCAUGUUGUGUUCUGUUCUCGCUUCAUUCCUGCGUAACGCUCUCAAAAACGGCACCGGACUUUUCAGAGAGUGCAGCGAUUCUCAUGUACAUACGCUUUGGCUCCUCUACACAGCUAACAGCCGGGUUUUCGUGUUCAGAAGAUUUUUAGGCAAAUGCAAAAAUGUAACCUUUUUUGUUUUGUUUUGUUUUUAAAACCUCUAAAGAUUGUUAAUUGAUGGUUGAUUCAAACUCCUCAGAAUGUCUUGUGAGUGUGACACUACAGUCUUCAAGGUUCACAUGUUAAAAAAUGUUCUUCCCUU